CACUAUAAAUACUAACACACGACAGUUCAUUUCUAUCCUUUGAGAACGUUAUAUUUAAUGAGAUUUUAACGAUCGUACAAAAGUAUUCAAUUUGAUUUAAUUCGAUUGAGAUAUUGUUCUGUGUUACAAUCACAUUUAUAUCGUCCAUCAUUUACGAAUUACUUUGAUAUAUUUUUAAUAGACAAUACGAAGGAGAGAGAGAGAGAUAGAGAGAAAGAGAGAGAGAGUGAGAGAAAAGAAAGAAGAAGAAGAAGAAAAAGAAGAAGAAGAAGAAGAAGAAACUAUUUUUACGCUCUAUAACUUCUCUAUUGUUUCUGAUUACAGUUAUUCCAUCCGUGAAUAUAUCUCUUUAAAUAAAAUCAAGUAACAAUGGAAUCUCUGACACGAAUGAUACUCGGAAAUCUUCGUUUUACUUCACAAUCUAAUCUGUUAAAAAUUCGUAAACAAAAAUUACAAUAUCCCAGAAGUAUUACAUCACAGCAAGUAUAUGAACGGGAAUCGAAAUACGGUGCACAUAAUUAUCAUCCUCUUGAAGUAGCACUUUGUAAAGCCGAAGGAGUAUACAUGUGGGAUGUCGAAGGGAAAAGGUAUUAUGAUUUUUUAAGUGCUUAUUCAGCUGUCAAUCAAGGUCAUUGCCAUCCGAGGAUUUACGAAACUAUGAUGAAACAAGCGAAGAUCUUAACACUAAGUUCGAGAGCUUUUUAUACAGAUGUUUUAGGUGAAUUCGAAGAAUAUAUAACUAAAUUGUUUGGAUAUGACAAAUGGUUGCCAAUGAACACUGGAGUAGAAGGAGGUGAGACGGCUUGUAAAUUAGCACGAAGAUGGGGAUACACGAGAAAAAAUAUACCGCAAUAUCAAGGAAAAAUAAUAUUCGCUGAAGGUAACUUUUGGGGAAGAACAAUGAGUGCUUUAUCCUCAAGUACCGAUCCAAGUAGUUACAGUGGUUUCGGUCCAUUUAUGCCGGGUUUUGAGCUGGUACCGUAUGAUGAUCUGGUUGCUCUUGAAAAAGCACUUGCCGAUCCAAACGUUUGUGCCUUCAUGGUCGAACCUAUUCAAGGUGAAGCAGGAGUAGUAGUACCACGGAACGGUUAUCUGAAGGGCGUUAGAGAGCUUUGUACAAAAUACAACGUUUUAUGGAUAGCCGAUGAAGUUCAAACGGGAUUGGGAAGAACAGGGAAACGAUUGGCCGUUGAUCACGAGAAUGUUAAGCCUGAUAUUUUAAUACUUGGAAAGGCAUUAUCCGGUGGCUUUUAUCCGGUAUCCGGAGUCUUAGCCAAUGAUCCUAUAAUGUUAACCAUAAAGCCUGGCGAACAUGGGUCGACAUACGGUGGUAAUCCUUUGGGUUGCAAAAUUGCUCUCGAGGCAUUACGAGUUCUUGAGGAAGAAAAAUUAGCUGACAAUGCCGAUAAGCUUGGUCCGAUUUUAAGGAACGAACUUGAAAAACUUCCAAAAGAUAUUAUCACGUUGGUCAGAGGAAAGGGACUUUUGAAUGCUAUCGUUAUCAAUGAAAAGAUCAAUGCUAUGGAUGUAUGUAUAAAAUUGAAGGAUGAAGGUCUUUUGGCAAAACCAACGCACGGUCAUAUUAUUAGACUUGCUCCACCUUUAGUUAUUACUGAAUCUCAGAUAAGAGAGUGCGCGGAUAUUAUUUCACGAACGAUAUUGAAAUUUAUAAAAUAAAAUUUUAUAAAAUAUCUUUUAUAUAAGCGUUCACACACAUAUGCCAUGAGAGUGCAUAUUAUACAUAUGUUAUAUAUUUAUGAUAUAGUUCUAUAAAAUAAAUUUCUUUUCUUUUGCAUUUAA